GUCUUCUCUGGGUGGGAGGUCUUCUUCACCACUGUCUUCAUCCCCAUCCUCUACUCCUUCAUCUUCCUCCUCGGCCUCGUGGGGAACCUCUUCGUCAUCGUGCUGACGGCCAAGAAGAGCGGGGGCAAGAGGAUGGUGGACACCUUUGUGCUGAACCUGGCGGUGGCCGACGUCAUCUUCGUCUGCACCUUGCCCUUCUGGGUGGCGGCGGGGGCGCAGGGGAACCGCUGGCUGCUCGGCGUGGAGCGCUACCUGGUCAUCAAGAAGGUGCUGGACACCAAGACGAUGGGUUCCCGGAGGCACAUCCGCGUCACCUGCGGCGUCAUCUGGGCAGUGUCCCUCCUCCUGGGGGCCCCGUCCCUGCUCUACCGGCAGCUGGAUGGGGAUGACUGCUGGGAUGAAGACGGAGAGGACUUCAGUCUGGCCAUGGUCUUCCUCACCUUCCUCCUGCCCUUGGGGGUCAUCUCCUUCUGCUACUGCUCCAUCUACUGCCGGCUCCAGCGGCACGUCCUGCUCUUCUUCCUCGCCAAGGGGACGCUGGUCCUGUCCCAAAGGCAGGAGGUGGCCCUGAG